AUGGCUGGCGCCACUUCGUUAUGGAGAACGUACAAGGAGGUGAUCAAGAAGGAAACAUUGGCUCAAGAGCUUUUUGGCCUUCACAAGAAAUACGGCGACAUCGUUCGGAUAGCGCCCAACGAGCUUCACUUCGGGAAUCCGUCUUCGUUUCACGAGAUAUACAACGUGUCCAAACGUUGGGAUAAGGACGAUGGUCUCUAUAGUGUAACAGGGUUCAAUUCCGGCUCUUUCGUCUUUCGAAAGUAUGCCCAGGCAAAAGAACGAAGAGAUGUCCUCUUACCCAUGUUCUCCAAAAAGGCCGUUCACAACAUCGAAAGUCUCGUCUGGCAAAACGCAACCCAGCUCGCCUCAUCCAUAACCAAGAUGAAUGCAGCACAACUUUCCAUUGAUCUCCUCUACGCCUUUCGCUCUUUUACGCUCGACACCAUCAUGGGGUUCACUUUUGGUGGGUGCGUCGACGCCUUGCAUGCACCUGCCUUCGCAGAUCCUCUGAUUUUGGCCAUGGACGCCACACUCCCUAUCCUCCCCGUGCUCAAAAAUCUGCCCUGGAUCCGCAGCAUAGCCUUCGCCAUCCCGCCGUGGCUGGUCAUGAAGGCCAUGCCCAACGCCGACAAACUGGCCCCACGCAUCUACCAGGUUCGUGACAUUAUCAACAAGCAGCUGCAAACAGUCUUGGAGUCGCCGGAAAAGCUCGAAAAGGCAUCUCACCAAACCAUUUUCCACCGCAUGUUGGACGCCAGCGCAUACCGCGCCACGAAGGCUGUGCCUGAUCUCACGCAGCUACAUGACGAGGGCUUCACCAUCAUCUUUGCUGGCGCCAAUACCGUGGCUGAUACGAUGCUCAUGGGCUCUUAUCAUGCAAUGAAAAGCCAGGGUCUGCUGCAACAACUGAGGAGUGAGUUGCUGACUGUUUGGCCGGAUCUGCAUGUCCGCCCGCGACUUGCUGACCUCGAAACCUUGCCUCUCCUCACUGCGACCAUCAAAGAGUCUCUUCGUUUCAUUCCUUCAGGCGUGUCACUCACCCGUAUAGUACCGCAUACGGGUGCUGUGCUGAAUGAACGCGAGAUCCCUGGAGGCACCAUUGUCGGUAUGGCCAUUUUGCACGUGCACCAAUCGGAAGACAUCUUUGCCGAUGCACUCGCGUUCAAGCCGGAGCGGUGGCUUAAUGGCGGCAACAAGAAUCUCGAUCAUUGGCUAGUGCCGUUCAGUAGGGGGCCGAGGGCGUGCUUUGGUUACAACCUCGCUUGGUGCGAGUUGUAUAUUGCAUUCAGCACCAUGAUUCGAAAUUUUGACAUGAGCUUGGAUGGAACGACAGCGGAAGAUAUGGAGUGGAGGGAGUGUAUUGCGGCAUACUACCCCAACAGACACUUACAUGCUUGGUGCCCGCCAGCCGAUGCUUGA